AUGGGUGAUGCUUCAAAUUCAACCUAUAUUCCAGAGAAGGAUCUCCAUACUUAUUUAGAGGAAUUAUUCAAGAAAAAGAGUUCUGCCAGAAAAAACGCACUAAAGACAUUGAUUAAGCAAUUUGAGACCAAUGUCCGUUACGAAUUUGUUCAAAAUAAUUUUGUCACUUUAAUACAUCGAUGCCAAAAUUGCUUGAAACGGGGUUCAGCAUCGGAGAUUGAUUUAGCAUUACAACUAAUAGGAUUAGUUGUUCUAACGCUUGGUGCCGGUGAUAAUGCACGUGAGGUGUAUGAAGAAUUGUUUGUGUUAGUCCGUGAACUUGUCACCAAAUCCAAAUUAUGUCACGCGAUCAAGGUGUUUGAAUGUUUGUCUAUUGUCACUUGUGUUGGUGCCAGAGACUUUAUAGACACCGAAAGAUCAAUGGAAAUUAUAUGGCAAUUCUUGAAUCAAGAAACCAAACAUACAUCCUCUGUGACGGCUGCAGCAAUAUCAGGUUGGGUUCUCCUCCUGUCAGGCAUUGAUCGAUGGAGCAUUAGUCCGAAAAAGUGGAAAGAAUCGAUCUCUUAUCUUCUGAAACAAUUAGAGGAAGAUGAUGAACAUGUUAAUGUUGCUAGCAUUGAAGCGCUAGCUUUGAUUUUUGAAAUUGGCAGUCUUGAGAAAUUUUCCAAUCAAGACGGAGAAUACAAGGACAUAAAAGAUGGGAUAAUGGAUCAGAUAAAGAGAAUAUGCAAUGGCACCAAACAAGACACUUCAAAAAUUUUCGAGGAUGAUUAUGAUAAGACCAUCACCCUCACAUUAGGCAGAACAAGUCUCACUUUUAGCACCUGGUCAAAGUUGAAACAAAUAAGUUACAUAAGGAAAUUUUUAGGCAACGGUUUCAAAAAUCACAUGAAGGAAAACAAACACCUCCACAACGUUUUUAAUUUUGCACCAGCAAGAAAAUGCAGUAGUGAUGAUGAUUUAGAACUGUACAAACCUGAGUUCGAAGAGGCGGUUGUGCGAGUUUUUGUGCCUGAAGUUAGAAGAGAAAAUUGUGCAUGGAGGAUUAACAAGUCCCGUAAUUCUGUACUGAGCAAGGGAAGGACUAAGUUGCGGAACAAGUACAGAACUCUUGCAGAGGAUACCAAGACUGGGCACAUUGCUGAUGAACAGCUUGACUGA